AUGUCCUCCUCCUCAAACCCGAGGGGGAACGCUCCUAUACCAGGCAGCUGGACGAACCGCCCAAGUCUCGACGACCCUCGGCCCAGCGCUGGCGCUGCUUCCACCUCCCGAAGGUCCAUAGACCAGCGCCAAUAUAACGCGGGGCUCGAUGCGUCAGAGGGAUCACGGAGAAAUAGCUUGGCGAGCGACUCGAUACACAACAGCCCGUCGAGCAUGAGCUCGAUGCGGCAUCUGGCGCGAUAUGACGACCAGCCCGCGGCCCCUCCUGGGUCCUACCCACAACAACCCGUCGGCCCUUCCAUAUCGUCUGCAAGACUACCCCGAAUAACAACAUCCUCAAUGGUCGAUGUUGACAAGCUGAGAGGAGAGGAAAGCGGGCCAAGGAGCGCCCCGGCGGGACAUCAGGCUCGAGCAGCGAAUGGGCAGGGGUCGGCGCCGAUACGAUCCAGUUCGUCGCCUGAUCCAUGGGCCAACAAACCGCGCGACAGCUCAUCAACAAUCUCGCCGGUAGAUGCUCGUCCCAAUCUUGCUGGAGGCGUCCCAGGCGGAGGGGUGACUCGGCAACAGGGUAGUCUACUGCCCUAUGCUCCUUCAACAGAUCGGCGCGCCAGUCCUGCUUCUGCCGGACGCCCUCUACCCCCUCGACAUGGCUCCGACCGCUCAACCCAUUCUCAUUCCUCUGCUGCUGCAAACGCCGAGACGACCACGCCAAGCGGCGAGCCGUUACUGCAGUGGCCACAGCCGCGUACGACGCGUCGAGAAGGAGGCUCAACGAGCUGUGGCCAGUGUGGGCAAGUGGUCCAUGGGCAGUUUGUGAGGGCGAUGGGAAAGGUGUACCAUUUGAAUUGUUUCCGAUGCAAGGACUGUAACAAGGUCGUCGCGCAAAAGUUCUUUCCGGUCGAGGACGGCGACGGCAUGUACCCAUUGUGCGAGCGGGACUACUUUGCCCGUCUGGAUCUCAUCUGUACAAAGUGCGAUCAGGCGCUGAGGGCGAGCUAUAUAACCGCAUGCGGCGCCAAGUACCACGUUGAGCACUUUACGUGCCACGAAUGUGACGUGUUGUUUGGCCCGAACGACUCUUAUUAUGAACAUGCUGGCAGAGUCUACUGCCAUUACCACUACUCUACGCAGUUUGCCGUCAAAUGUGUCGGAUGCGAGACGGCUAUUCUCAAGCAGUUUGUUGAGAUGAACAGGAACGGAAGGAAUGAGUGUUGGCAUCCGGAAUGUUACAUGAUCUCCAAGUUUUGGAAUGUCCGCCUCGCGUCCAAGACGUUCAACACACCCGCAGCGUCUGCAGUGGCCUCGACGGUAUCCCUCCUUGAAAUGGCCUCCAUCACAGCACCCGGUGCCCCCGUCCUCUCUACCGACCCCGCUUCUCCCCUGCCUCAUCAAACCCCCAAGCAAUCCGAGUUCAGCCUGUCUCCCCAGGAAUUGAAGGAAAGGCAAGAUGCGAUGGAGCAAAAGGUGCAGCAGAUCUGGCACGUUCUCUCGGGAUACGAAGAAAGCUCUGCAGCCUUGAUUGGCGAUAUGCUGAGGGCAGUGAAUGAGAAGAAUCUGCUCGAUAUCAUCUUGUUGGCUGAGAGGUUCAUCUUGCAUGUGGAGACACUCUUCGCGGUCAUUGAUGAUAUCGAGGCGCAGUUUGCUGUGACGAGAGCCAAGGGCAUGCCUCAUGCACGGGAGGCCAAGCAACUCUGUAGAAAGCUUGUCAAUCUCUUCUCCAACAUGUCUCAGCUUUCGCCAUCUUCAUCAGCACCAUCACCUUCCAGCGAGGAGCUGUUUCAGCUCAUCACACAGCUCGCCCAUUACCUCAAGAUACUGAUCAGAAUAGCCUUGACGGGUUCUAUCAAAUUGGAGAGGGACUUUGGGAACAAGAAGGCAAUGGCCAAUUGUUUAGCGAGGCUGAACCUGCUGGCCAUGGACGGGGGUGAUCCUAGCCUGAGGAGGAGUAUGGAGGCCUUGACACGACGACCGGAGGGUUUUAUUCCUAGCACGAGGGGUGUUGCUUAUGGCUAUCGCAGUCUGGCUCCCGAGUACACUGGCGAGACGACUCUACGCGGACCCCAAGGCGAAGACUUUAUCCCUCCCGAGGGCUGUGCCCAUUGUCGUGCUCCGAUAGAGGAAGACUGUGUACGGCUCGGUAUGUUUUUGCGGUGGCAUUCAUCCUGUGUUGCCUGUACGACUUGUGGCGAUACUGCUCUGCAGACUAUCACCAUUCGAGACGACGCCACCGACGACGGCUCUGCACAUUCCCAUACCGACAGUAAUAACGGUAUCGUCGCUCGAGCGACUGCAUCUAUCGAGAAACGCGCACCACCCCGGGUCGAUUACUUUUGGUAUGCUCCCAAGCACUUUCCUGGUGCUACUCAAUCACCUAGUCAGAUGUGGUGUACUCCGCACAAAAAGGGCGAGGGCGAAUGCUGGCAAGGGUUUGAAGGUGUCUCGCGGCUGGAGCAGUAUGCGUUCUUACUGCACAUUGCUCUGCGGCGGUUAUACGUCCAUUUCCGCGUGCACCAUAACCUCAACAGUGUUCGCGAUCAUGGCAUGUCUGACCGCGCGGAAUCCGAAGUCAAACGUAUGAAGUCUGUCACUCUCGACCGCAAACUCUCUUCGACCGCCCGUCUCCCACAGAGGUCAAUGGUUGUCGAGUCCCCCGCCGGACGUAUGGCCGACGAGAAUGGUCAGGUCGUUUCUGCUCGAGUCGAAGGUGAUUCGCCAACUCCCCCGGCACCAACGCCAAAGGAGAAGGGUGCAGCGGGCAAGUUUGGCAUAGAGGCCCAGCCGGUGGUGGUUACGCCCAACAAUGUUGACGUCCUGCGGCCGCCCUUUGCGCGAAACAAUACGAAUGUCAUGAUUGUCAAGGAGAACAGUGGAGAAGGGGCUUCGUCUCCUCCACAAGCGAUGUUGGGUAUGCGCAAAGUCAGUGCGCCAAAGGAUGAUGAUGCCAUCACACUGGCGGACAUCUCCAUGCUGGCAGGUGCAGGCAAAGACCGGCAGCCUGACAGUCGCCCUCUCAUGUCAAGUCUCACCAACGUCCAAUCUGUCAUUAUCCGUCACUUCGCCCUUCUCCAGCUCCAAAAGACUGCCCUGGCUCCGCUCUUUGACCUGGAUGACAUGCUCGAGCUGCUGGAUGGCCGCAAAGGGCAAUGGUGGAACAAGAUUUUCAAAGGGAAUGCGAAAAAGGACACCAAGAAGAAGGGGCUGUUCGGAGUGCCAAUCGAGGUGCUCGUGGAGAGAACGGGGUCGGAUAGUAGUCUUGGCGCACCAAACUCUCAGGUGAGGGUGCCAGAAUUCAUCGAGGACAUAAUUUCAACCAUGCGGCAGAUGGAUAUGGCUGUUGAGGGUGUAUUCCGAAAGAAUGGCAACAUUCGUAAACUCCAAGCCUUGUCGGAAGCUUUGGACAAGGACUCUACUGCCGUCAACCUGUCGGAAGAGAACGUGAUCCAGCUUGCUGCGUUGCUAAAGAGGUUCUUGCGAGAGAUGCCGGAGCCCCUCUUGACAUUCCGGUUGCACAAGUUAUUCUGUGCUGCUGCUUCUCUACCAAAGUCCGACGAACGGACCCGAUGCUUCCACCUUCUCGUGACUCUUUUGCCACGCUACAACCGAGACACCGUGGAAGUCCUGUUCACUUUUCUCAAAUGGGUUUCCUCGUUCUCCUACAGGGACGAAGAGACUGGUUCACGUAUGGACCUUGGCAACCUGGCAACUGUCAUCUGCCCUUCCAUUCUGUAUGCCAAGGGCUCGAACGUGGUCAAAGAUGAUUCCUUUACUGCUAUCGGAGCUGUGCAGGAAUUGUUGGAGAACCAAGACGAGUUCUACCGCGUGCCAGGAGAAUUGCUGUUCGUGAUUCAAGAGGGCAUCUGGAAGAUCUUUGCAAAAGAUCUGGACCUCCCACCCAAGGAGAUCCACAGACACUGCAGCAAGUACACUCAAGCCCGAAGCGCUGCCCAACCCCAAUCUCAACGGCUAGGCAUUCCCAUGUCCACCUCUUCGAGUCAGGUGUCUAACCAAGCAACGAAUUCUCGAUCUGUCGAGCCUUCGCGAAUGAGCUUGGUACUGAAUGCUUCUGGCUCUGACCCUACUGUCAACAACGUGUUUCGACCACCACCCGUCCCUCUGAGUGGCUCUCGGCCCACAAGCUGGAUUCAGCAUCAGCAAUCACACUCCCAGCAGUCCCUCCAGUCUCUGCCUGGGCAACGAUUCCCCUCUCCCUCUCCAACCCAUGCUGGCCCUGGCCCCAUGUGGGGUCGCCCACCUGCGGCGCCUUUCCAAGGGCCUGCCGGCAGCAGCGGUUCACGUGGGUCAUCUCGCGGGUCUGCUCCCAGCAGUCCGGCACCUGGCGAUGGGGAGAGGCGGAGCUUCCAAAUGGAUCGCGAGAGGAGUUGGACACCGACGCAGAGCGAGGGUCACGAACCGCAUUUGCCGCCGCAGGCGUAUAGCGGAUCAGGGCUGGGCCUCGUGCCCGGCCAGGCAGCGCCGCCGGCAGUUGUCUCACGACACCCUUACGCGCAAGGAGGAGCUGGCCAUGCUCAUUACAGAUAG